UAUCCAUUCAGUUCACUAAAUCCCUGUCAGCUGCGGCACAGUUUCACCUAAAGCGGCUCGUCGACUACAAGAAUGGAUGAGUGCUGCCGGCCAGAUAGUGAUGAGAAUAAGGAGAGACGCAGGGUACACAAAGAAAUAGAGAGGCAACUUCGUCUUGAUAAAAAGAAAUCUCACAAGGAGUUAAAGUUGCUGCUUUUAGGGACUGGUGAAAGUGGGAAGAGCACGUUCAUCAAACAGAUGAGGAUCCUCCAUGGCACUGGAUACAGUGAAGCUGACAGGAAAGGUUUCGCUCGGCUGGUGUUUCAGAACAUCGUCACAUCCAUCCAGGCGCUGAUCGACGCCAUGAAGACUCUACGGAUUGACUACAUCGAUGACCAGAACAUUAGCGACGCACAGAAGCUGAGCCAAGUGGAGGCAGACCAGGUGUCCACUCUGGAGGCUUGGCAGGUGGACGGCAUUAGGAGGGUGUGGAAUGACCGCAGUGUUCAAAGAUGCUACGACCGCAGGAGGGAAUUCCAGUUGUCUGACUCUGCCAAAUAUUACCUCGACGACUUGGACAGAAUCACGGGCCUGUUGUACAUCCCCACCGUGCAAGACGUCUUGAGGGUCAGGAUCCCCACCACAGGCAUCAUAGAGUACCCCUUUGACCUUUCACAGGUCAUCUUCAGGAUGGUGGAUGUGGGUGGUCAGCGCUCAGAGAGGAAGAAAUGGAUCCACUGUUUUGAGAAUGUCACCUCCAUCAUAUUUCUGGCGGCCCUCAGCGAGUACGAUCAAGUCCUUUACGAGAGUGAGAAUGAUAAUCGACUGAGAGAGAGCCUCGCCUUGUUCAAGACCAUCCUCUCGUACCCUUGGUUCCAAGACUCCUCCAUCAUCCUCUUCCUGAACAAAAGGGACUUGCUAGAGGAGAAAAUCAAACGGUCUCAUUUGGCAACCUACUUCCCGGCAUUUACUGGGCCUCAGUGUGAUGCCAGAUCCGCGGAACAAUUCAUCUUGCAAAUGUAUAUGGAGAACCACCGCGGGCAUCCUAAACCCCUUUACAGACACUACACCUGUGCCACGGACACAAACAACAUCCGGGUGGUCUUCAAAGCUGUCAAAGAUACCAUCUUCAGAGACAACAUGGACUGGUUAGACCCACAGUAAAAAACAUUCUGUGUAAUAUACGGUAAAAUACUGGCAGCUGUGGUUGCCAGAACUUAAAAACAAACAAAGUGGUGGUUUCCCCUUGAGGAACAAGGAGACAGGUUAUACAGUCACAUGUUGUAACACUUUUAUGGACAUUUUUAUCUAUUAUUUGCUGUCGGUUGCAGCUUGUUCACAGACAUCAAAGAAAGGCAAUGUGACAGCAUUGUCAGGACAUUUAUCUUAUAUUUAUCUAUUCCACUGUAAAAACACAGACAGAAUAUGCCAUUUCUUAAUACAUGGUAGAAAAGCACAUUUUCUGUUGCUAAAGAAGAGAAAUGGACAACUGCAAUGCCAGUUAAUCAUUGUACUAAACUAUUACAGAGGAGUUCCUUUCAUUCCCAUGCUGUUUGAUAGUCAACAUUAAAUGGUAUCAAACUGGUUAGACAAAGUCUUGUCUAUGCAACCCUCCCUGCUUCACAGCUCUGGGAGGAGGAAGUGAAAGAAUAGCCUGCAGGGAACUAGAGUGCCUUACUAUAUAUUUAUGCUGAUGUUUUUAUGUAACAACAACCAUGUAGCCUAUGAAAAUAAUAUUUUUCUUACUUUAAAUCAGAGACAUUGAAACCACAUGUCAUUUCUGUAUUUAGAUGAACUGGAU